CCGCCGCCGUUAUCCCCGAUGCACAGCAGCGCCUUCAUCCAGCAGGCUCGGGGGUAUUCCCCGCACGGCCCGUCGGCGAGGACCCCCGGAGAGCAGAAGGCCGGCGUGGUGGGAGGGAGGCUCCCGCAGGCCCCCGAGCCGGACAUGGAGGGCCGGAUCCAGAAAGCGGUGGAGUUUAAGACGGAAGGGAACCAUUGUUACAAGGACAAGAAAUUCCGAGAUGCCAUCGGCAAGUACCACCGGGCCCUGCUGGUGCUCAAGGGGGUCCACGAGGAGAGCGAGGGGGCCGCGCUGACCGAGGCGCAGAAGGUGCGCGUCGAGGCCACCGAGAUAGAGUGUUACGACAGCCUGACCGCCUGCUUGCUGCAGUCGGAGCUGGUGAAUUACGAGCGGGUGAAGGAAUAUUGCCUGAAGGUUCUCGAGAGGCAGAAAAGCAACUUCAAGGCCACGUACCGAGCCGGCAUCGCCUUCUACCACCUGGGGGACUACGGCAGCGCCCUGCGGUACCUGAAAGAGGCCCGCAGCCGGGAGCCCACAGACACCAAUGUGCUCCGGUACAUCCAGCUGACAGAGAUGAAGGUGCAGAGGAGUACCCAGCGGGAGAGGAAAGGGCUCAUCGGAUAACCGGGAAUUUUUUCGGAGGGGUAUUUGGCGUCCGUAGGCGGAGGAAUUAAGGUGCUGACCCUCCACAGCGUUAAAUUCCCGCAGUGCAUGAUAAUACUGAGUACUACCACCUGCACCCGGCAAAUGAUUAUACUGAUUACUACCACCUGCGUCCGGCAAAUGAUAAUACCGAGUACUACCACCUGCGCCCGGCAAACAUCUCUAUUUGUCCACUUUUUUUAAUCCCAUGAAG